AUGGACCAAAAUCAUGAACUUGCAGUAGCCCAGAUGAGAAUGUCUGUUGAAAAGCUUGGUUCUUCCACUGAGAAGUAUGAAGACCCAACUUUGAUGAGGUUCUUGAUUGCAAGAUCAAUGGACGUUGAGAAAGCUGCAAAGAUGUUUGUGCAGUGGCUGCAAUGGAGGACUUCAUUUGUGCCACUUAAUUACAUCCCUGAUUCUGAAGUUCAAGAUGAAUUAAAUUCAAGAAAGAUUUAUUUGCAGGGCCAAUCAACUAAUGGAUGUCCUGUAAUUGUAGUCAAAAUCAAAAACCAUGUUCCUGCCAAGGAUCAACUCCAAUUCAAGAAAUUUGUGGUUCAUCUACUGGAUAAAACCAUUUCAAGUUCUUUCAGAGGUCAAGAAAUAGGAAAUGAGAAGUUGAUUGCAAUUCUUGAUCUGCAACAAAUUGGUUACAGAAACAUUGAUACUCGUGGUUUAAUCACAGGUUUUCAGUUCUUACAGUCUUACUAUCCAGAGCGCUUAGCCAAAUGUUACCUUUUACACAUGCCUCAGUUUUUUGUGGCUGUUUGGAGGGUGGUGUCUCGCUUCCUUGAGAAGGCUACUUUAGAAAAGAUUGUGAUUGUGUGCAAUGAAGAGGAAAGAAGAGCAUUGAUGAGAAUUGUUGGUGAAGAAGCCUUACCGGAAGAGUAUGGAGGACGGGCAAAACUUGUUGCGCUUCAAGAUUUUGUAAUAACAUCAUCGGAUGACUAA